AAAGAAGCAAGAAAGUGAGAAAUAAACAAACACAAAUAUGACAACAUCACGAUUGAUCAUGAUCACUUUCUUGGUCGUUUUAACAACAACAUCAUCUGGUGUUAUUGGAGAAGGGAACGAUGUAGUUUAUUCAGCAGACGCAGGGCCAGUCUUGCCCAACGUUACCUAUUACAUCAGCUUCAUGUCGUCCGACUACAACAUGUGGGUUUGCCGAAUGAAUGCGAGAUCAACAGAUCCCAGAACAUGCCCACACCAACCGGUAAUGUUCACUAGACCAACCAUAACACCAACGCCUGUUAUGUUUAUAUUACCAUCGUCAACACCAGACAGUACUGUCAUACGUGAAUCAACUAAACUUAGCAUCAAGUUCGCAAAUCCAAGCCAAUGCGGUGAAUCAGGGGUUUGGAGAGUAGCAAAUGGUGAAGUAGUCCUUAACGGAGUUGAGUCAAGGGAAGAUAGUUUGUUCUCAAUCCACAUGACUGACUCAUAUUACAAGUUUACUAUCGGUGAGAGUGUCUAUCCAGACGUUUAUGCAACGAGUAUCAGUUUAUCUAACGAUAGAUAUGGUAAAGAUAGGUUGAUAGCGAAGCAGCCUUCUGGAGAGAUGGAGGUUCUUUUCUACCAAAAUUAUCCACCUGAAUAUUAAGUCACAUAUUUUGUUUUUACCUGGGGCUUUAUUAUGUAAUAUGUUUUCAUUUCAAAAUUAAAUAAAACUUUUUGUAAACA